GAUAUUAAUAUAUAUAGACAAAAAAAGGAGUGAUAAUAAAACAGAACUAGAGAGCGAGGAUAGAGAGACAAUAUAGUAGAGAGAGAAGAGAGAGAGAUAUGAAGGGAGAACGUGAGAAGGGGGAAAACAAAAAAGAAAGAGAGAAUAAGAAUGUUAAAAACUAGCGAGAGAGAGAGAGAGAGAGAGAGAGAGAGGGUAUUGGACAAGAUGACAUAGAUAGCACGUGCGUAGUUCCAGAAGCUAGGCUGGACAUUUUAAAAAAUAUAUUUAGUGUCAAGACGAAUGUGAGUUCAACAAAGGGAGGGAGGUACGGACCAGAAGAAAAAAAAAAGUUCUGGUGACAGUGCGGACUGGCUUAGGUCAAGAAGUCUCAGAACUUUAGUACGAUUCACUUCUUCCAUACUGGAAUCUUACAUUUCUUCGCCACUAAUCUUUGAAGAAUUUUUUUUUUUUUUAUUUUCCUGAAUAUAAGCACAACAUGAAUACAGAUAACUUCUACAAUGUCACGUGGGCAGGCAAUUGUCUGGAGAUUUCGCGCGAUCAUUGAUUAGGCCAUGUGAGAACAAAUCCCUGGUCGAGUCCAGUUUACGUAUACAAUGGAACUGUUGUCUACUUUCAUCGCUGCACUCAGGUGGGAGACAUCUGGCUUGAAAGCUUUUUUUAGUUGGACACUCCGCCUAAGAGUGAAUUGAAAGAAAAUGAACAGUGAUCCUUCCGCGAUUACAGUGAAGUGAUGACUAUUGGCACCAUGAGCAUUCAGCGCAAUGUUUUCUCUGGUCUAAGAUGUAAUAGUAAGAUGAAACAUUUUCAUCCGCGUCAUAAAAUAGUUCGUAAAUUCAAUGAAAAAGAAGUGACCGAGGCAGGUCUCUUUUGGGAGGGAAGGUCUGUCACUUCAAGAUGGACGUCCGUCUCGGGAGUCUCGUCUUCUGACUAUAGCCUGCAGCUUCAUGUGCGAACAGAUCUGGAGACUUAUAGUCCAGACAUCCACAUGGCAAGAUACGACAUUGAGCAGAAGUUAGGAUUUAACGUUACAGAGGGCAAGCUGGUUGGCUUCUUCAGAGACUCCAACGAUUUCCUCAACGCGUCUUACUCUCAAGACCUGCUCAACGAUUCACGGCUCUCCAACGAGACAGAGACUUACAAUCUCUCGAGGAUCAGCUCGGAGAUCCAAAUCGUCUUCUACUCUCUCAUCUUCAUCCUGGCCCUGGUUGGCAACCUGCUCAUCAUUAUCACCCUCAUCCAGAACAAGCGCAUGAGGACUGUCACCAAUGUCUUCCUCCUUAACCUGGCCAUCAGCGACCUUCUGCUCGCCCUCGUCUGCAUGCCUUUUACACUUGUGCCUGUCUUGCUGAUGGAUUUCAUUUUUGGCGCUUUUAUGUGUGUCUUCAUCAGAUACUUGCAAGCUGUGUCUGUUGGUGUUAGCUGUUUUACAUUAGUUGCCAUCUCGUUAGAGCGUUACUUUGCUAUUUGUAGACCUUUACAUUCAAGAUCAUGGCAGACAUUAUCACAUGCUUACAAAUGUAUCAUAGUCUGUUGGGUGCUAGCCGCUGGUCUAAUGACGCCCGCAGCGGUGUUCCAGAAACACAUUGCCUUACCCAACAAAGGUCACAUGUGCCGAGAAGUGUGGCCCAACCAGCAGAGUGAGCAGGCCUACACCAUCCUGCUGGACCUCACCCUGCUCAUCUUCCCUGUCCUCGUCAUGAGCGUAGCCUACAGCAGGGUCGUGCACGCCUUGAUUUUCGAUGUCCGGUCAAGCAUGGACCUCGGAGUAACCAGCAAUGGUGAGGGUACUUUUGUUCUGCCUAACUACAGAACCAUUGAGCUGAGGUUGCUGAACAAGGACUCGUGCAGAAGUGUAUCCUCCUUCACGUCCACAGACACCAGUUUAUCGUGUUCAGGAACAAUCACACCGCCAAAAAACAUUUCUCGUUCAGGGACCGUGACCUCAAUAUCAGCAGGAAGAAAAUCGUUACGGUCAGCCAAAAAUCGCAUUCGUCACAGCAAUCCACAGAAAAUUCGACAGAACAAAAUGAGGGUCAUUCGCAUGCUCUUCGCAGUGGUUCUGGAGUUUUUCAUUUGCUGGACUCCAGUGUACAUCCUUAACACAUGGAUAGUCUUUGAUUCUGGAAGCUUUUACCAGAUCGUGACGCCUCUGACAAAAACAUUGUUUCAUUUAUUGAGUUACGUGUCCUCCUGUUGCAACCCCAUCACAUACUGCUUCAUGAACAAGAAGUUUCGAGAAGCCUUUCUGAGAGUCUUUCAAUGUCGUGGUCCCCCUCAAAGCCUACGAGAGAGGCGGAUGCAACAACUUCAGAUGAAGCACCUGCACCAAAAGGACGAUAUGAGGCGCAGCACCGCUGUAUCUCGGCUCAGCGAGAGGUUCAACUCCAUGGCCUCCACCACCUCCAGUGUCCUCCCUCUAGACUCGGUUAGAGUUCGAAACCCAGCAUUGGACAAAUGUAAAAAGCUGAUCAAAGAAUCGGAAGAGGUGCAAGACACAGCAAGUGGUUCGGAUUAGAAAGUUGUCCAUGUCGUGUUGCUUCUUGCUCAAAGUAGCAUUGCUGAAAGUGAGGAAUGAAUAUUUCAAUACGAGAGAAUAAAAAAAACACUUCAACAAAGAUUGAAUAUUGAUAUUACUUUUUUUUUCAAGGAGCUUCAAUGCAAUAUUUCAAACAGUGGAAAUCGUAGUCACGAAUGGAGGCGCUGUGUGUGACUGAGUGGUAAAGCGCUUGGCUUCCGAACCGGGGUCACGAGUUCAAAUCCUGAACUUUAGGGCGUUUCUGAGUCCACCGAGCUCUAAUGGAUACCUGACAUUAGUUGGGGAAAAGUUAAAGUGGUUGGUGGUUGUGCUGGCCACAUGACACCCUCGUUAACCAUGGGCCACAGAAACAGAUGACCUUUACAUCAUCUGCCCCAUAGACGGGGUCUGAAAGGGGCUGCUUUACUUACUUCAUAGUUAGAAAUGUCUAACAAACAAAUGAUCACAUUGAUUAAUAAUCAUCGAUUUGUGAUCUUAUUACCAGUAGACAUUUCUUUAAAAUAUUUAUUGCUCAUUUCAGUAAAUUAGAAAAUUAGAAUAAUCUAUUUUUAUACUUUCUUUAACGGUAAUUCUAAAAUAAAUCUUGAAGGCGCGGUGGCUAAGCGUUAAAGCGCUCGGCUUCCGAACCGGGGGUCGAAUCCUGUUGAAGACUGGACUUUUAAAUUUCGGGAUCCUAGGGCGCCUUUGAAUCCUGACAUGAGUUGGGGAAAAGUAAAGGAGGAUGGCUGUUAUGCUGGCCGCAUGACAUCCUCAUCAACCGUGGGCCUUAGAAACAGGUCUGAAAGGGGAAACUUUACUACUACUUUACUAAAAUAAAUCUGCUAAGAAAUGAUAAAUAUCGUACUAUUAGGCUAUCUUUACCUUUGCAACAAUCAGUUCAUCUAAUGUCCAACAUUGCAUUUUAUAAUUAAGUUUUCACUCUAGCUAUUCUGCUUUGAUGUGUACGUCAAUUCUAAUUGCACGUAAUUGCCUGAUUAUGAUUUUAAAAAAUGUAUACUCCAACUUCAAUAUCUUUAACUUCAACAUAUUUUCAUUCAUGGCUUUUUUUUAAUUCGGUGCCUUUAUUAUAUUUAUUUGUAAAAAAAAAUUUUCAGUGAAUUUUUUUUCUAAAAAUUAAGUUUGUAGAUUUUUUUGUUUUUUGUUUUCUUAAGCAUUGAAAAAAUAUACUUUUGACUUAGAAAAUGCUUAACUAGGAAUUUGCAAUAAAUUUAAUAAGUGAAUUUCAAUCUGCGACAAGUUAUAGUAACAGAAUGUCUGACUGUUUUGUCUGCGUUGUAAUUUGUCGAUGCUCCACUUUGUAGAGUCAUGUCAUGAUAUUAUACUUUGACUUCUUUGAUACUCCAGAUACUCUACUUUCUAUAAAAUGAAAUAAAUAGCUCAUGCUAAGAUGUUGUUUUAUAAAUUGGGUUAGACAACAUUAUGUGUAUAAUUAGCCUUCAACUUGUCAUUUUUAUUUUGUUAUAAGGAAUUAGUUCGAUAAGAUCAUUUUCGUGUGGACUUGAGUUUUGUUUUCUUAUUUUAAAUAUUUAAAAAAAAUAUAUUUUGCUUUAUUAAAUAGGGAAAACCUUUUUUUAAUUCGAAUACAAAUAAGGAAAACUGAUAACAUUUUACGUACGUCCAUGCAGGAAGGGGCGGGUGUAUCGCAUUAUGCGCAAAGGUAUGUCCACAUUUUGAAUACUAUAUGGUAUUUUUGAACUCAUUGGAUAGAUCUAAUCCGUUAUGAAUACUGCUGAUCUCCUUUACUUGUCUAGAUCCUCAAUGAAAAAAAAAAGAUCAAUAAACUAUUUGUGUUGAAUAUUUGUAAUGGUUGUGUAUGCUGACAUCCAUAUCCACGUUGUCUGUGUAGGCUGUAUAUUAAUAUCUAUCUUACUGAAAAAAGCAAUAAACAACUUGGGCCCUUACUUGUAACUCUCGACUACGGAAAUAUGUGUGUGUGUGUGUGUGUGUGUAUUAACUCCCCCCCCCCCCUCGCAUCUUCUUUUCCUUCCCUAAUCUUGAGGUGACCAAUGGUACUAGUCAACACGGUACCUUUACAUUUUUAUGAAUUUCCGUUGGCCGAAGUAUUUUUUGUUUCUACAUAUAUAAAUAAAUAUUUGCCUUGAGUGUUGUAUGCUCAGUUGUAGGCCUAUAUUGCUCAUUUAUACAAGAUGGAAAAUAAAGAGAUCAAUUGUUGUC